GAAAGUUCGCUCUAAUCCUUUAAUACUCCCCAACACACAUGCAUACAUGCAAACACACUAUUCGGAGACUCAAAAACUUUCCAGAAUCACCCUCAUUCUCUGUUUUUGGAGGAGAGGUAGCGUUAGUUUCAGCUUUCUUAUUCACAGGCUCCCAUCCUUUUGCAUGGACCACUUUUUUACUGUGGACUCAAAAAGAAUCUGGAAGGUAUCUUGCUGGUGUAGAAUAUUCCUAUUAUUUCACUGUUAGUGUAUAGGGUCUUUUUCACUGAGGCAACUGAAACACUGGAAUGGAGUCUGGAGUCAACACCACAGGGGAGGUCAUUCCCUACGGAGGAAAAAGUGCCUUUUCACAAUUGGAGCACAACAUAGUGGCGGCAUACCUUAUCACUGCAGGUGUCAUCAGUUUGGCCAGCAACAUUGUGGUACUGGUGAUGUUUGUCAAGUUCAAGGAGCUGCGAAAUGCCACCAAUGCCAUCAUCAUCAACCUGGCCUUCACUGACAUUGGAGUGGCUGGCAUUGGCUAUCCCAUGUCUGCUGCCUCUGACCUCCACGGGAGCUGGAAGUUUGGCUACACUGGAUGUCAGAUCUAUGCAGCUCUGAACAUCUUCUUUGGGAUGGCCAGUAUUGGACUGCUGACAGUGGUGGCCAUUGACCGCUACCUAACCAUCUGUAGACCUGACAUAGGGCAGAAGAUGACCACCCGCUCAUACACACUCCUCAUUCUGGCUGCAUGGCUCAACGCAGUUUUUUGGUCGUCCAUGCCCGUGGUGGGUUGGGCCGGCUAUGCCCCUGACCCAACUGGUGCCACCUGCACCAUCAACUGGAGAAAUAAUGAUGCGGGCUUUGUCUCCUACACCAUGGCAGUAAUCGCUGUGAACUUCCUCAUCCCUUUGUCAAUGAUGUUCUACUGCUACUACAGUGUGUCUGUCACCAUGAAGAGAUACAAAGCCAGCAACCGCUUGGACAGCAUUAACAUGGACUGGUCAGACCAGAUGGAUGUGACUAAGAUGUCGAUAGUGAUGAUUGUCAUGUUCCUGGUGGCGUGGUCGCCGUACUCCAUAGUGUGCCUAUGGGCGUCCUUUGGGGACCCCAGAAAGAUUCCUGCCCCCAUGGCUAUCAUUGGUCCUCUCUUUGCCAAGUCCUCCACCUUCUACAACCCCUGCAUCUACGUUAUUGUCAACAAAAAGUUCAGAAGAGCGAUCACAGGAAUGCUCCGAUGUCAAACCCGACAACGGAUCACCAUCAACAACCAGGUUCCCAUGACGAUUUCCCAGCUCCCUUUGACCCAAUGAGGGAGGAUUGCUAGAUGUUACAUUAUAUGAUGAUUUUAUUCCCCCAAACUCUGAUUACACUUGUCAUUGAGUAUACUGUUAGAGGAUGGGAUACGUGUAAGAAAGUUUAAAAGAUCCCACCCUACCAAGCUUUUUAGACCAUACCAGUGGUCAUGAGAGAACUGGAAAAUACUAAAUUCAAGAGUACUGAGGUACAUCCCAAGUCACCCAUUAUUUAUAGGUACCUCAAAAUAUACUAAAGUUGUUUUAUGUAAUUAGAGACACAGACAUCAUCAACCUUACAGUUUUGCCCUACAUUGCUGUACAUCAAUGAAGAGUCUGUCCAAUACCAGUGUUUCUGGACCACGUGGGUAGGUGCUUCUAUAUUAACUGGAUUUUAUUUUGAUAUGUUGUGGUUUACCAUGUAAAUUGCUGUUUUUAUGACAUUCUAGCCAUUGUCUUCCCAAUGUGUUUUACCUUAGUGUAAUAUUAGCAUAAACAAACAAUAAAGUAUGUUUGUGUACAACAUUACACUUUCUUUAUUUCCUUUCCUGUGGCAACACAUCUCCAGACUGCAGUAUUCCCAGUAAGUGCAUAUACGCUCUUCUUUUUUUCUAAUACAGUUGUACAUUCUAAAAAAGUAUAUACAGUUGUAAACUUUGCAUUGUUUGAAACAUUAUUUAGAAAUGCAUCUGUACAUAUAGAUCAAUAUACCUGACCCAAAAUUAAAAGUAAUCAUGGUUAUUUGAAUAUGACAUCUGAAAUUCUGUCCAAGCACUUAAUAAGAAAUUAAAUAUUUGUAUGUCAAAAUGUU